CAUGUGUCCCGUCUCUCCACAGCCAUCAAGGUGAGCUGCAUUGGAUCCUGUGGGGUGUCCAACAAGAUCAAUGACACAGCAUGGACUGUGGAGGAGCAGUACUUCAACAGCACGCUGUCCCUGGCAGACAAAGGGGUCCUGACAGCUGGAGAGCAUAACUUUCCCUUCCAGUUCCUGCUGCCAGCUUCUGCUCCUACAUCAUUUGAAGGCCCUUUUGGCAAGGUCCUGCAUCAGGUGAAAGCUGUGAUAGACACACCUCGCUUCUCCAAGGACUACAAAUGCAACAAGAUCUUCUACGUUCUCUGCCCUCUCAACCUGAACGACAUCCCUGACAUCGAGCAGCCCAACACCAUGUCCAUCACCAAGAAGUUCAACUACAAGCUUGUGAAAAGUGGCAACAUCAUCCUGACAGCCACGUCUGACCUGAAGGGCUACAUCGUGGGCCAGGCCAUCCAGCUCCGCACGGACAUCGAGAACAAGUCUGGCCGCGACACCGGCGCUGUGGUGGCCAGUCUGCUCCAGAAAGUGGCCUACAAAUCCAAGCGCUGGAUCUACGACCUGAGGACCAUCGCCGAGGUGGAAGGCUCAGGGGUGAAAGCCUGGAAACAUGCCGAAUGGAAGGAGCAGAUCCUGGUUCCAGCACUGCCCCAGUCCAUUCUGCAGGGCUGCAGCCUCAUCCACAUUGACUACUACAUCCAGGUUUCCCUCAAGUCUCCAGAGGUUUCUGUCACUCUCCCCAUCUACAUUGGAAACAUUGCUGUGAACAGGGUCCCGCUGAGCCCCUCCCGCUCCAUCCAGCACAUCCCAUCUGUGGUGGUCCCCAGUGCCCCCCCAGAGGAAGAGGAGGCUGCCAGUGGCUAUCACCCCAUGGACAAUGUCUCCAUCCCCACCAAAAGCCAUUCCCAGCAGCAGCCCUUCAGCUACGCCCCAGGACUGAGCUUCCAGGAGAUUCGGGCGGACUCGGAGCAGACGGGCUCCCCAAACCACCCCACACUCUGCCUGUCCACAGGAGCCACUGUCCCCUACUAUGCUGAGGGGAACGUGGUGCCUGUCCCCACAGCCAGCUCUCUCAUCCUGCCCCCAGAGUACAGCACGUGGGGAUACCCCUAUGAGGCACCUCCAUCCUACGAGCAGAGCUGCAGCAGUGCCAACUCCAGCAUCAGCAAUGGCAAUUAGCCCUCCCCUGCUCCGACCCCGCUGGCACUGCCCGCCCUGGCACCACGGGGCACCCGCCUGUGGCACAGUCUGGUACAGCACAAGGCGUCUUCUUGUCUCUCUGGCUGCUUUGGGGGGGAGCUGCCACAUCCCAGCCUGGGCUUCUGAAGUCUCUUUCUGGGGAGGGGGUAAAAAAACCAAAAAGGGCAGCCAGAGCAGCCUGCAUGUGUGUAGGAGAGGUCAGGGAACCUGAACAGUCUCCUGCUGCUGCUGGGGAGCUGGAUGUGGCCCUGGAGCUCCCCUUGGAGCUCCUCCAAGUGCUGGGGAGCUGGAUGUGGCCCUGUGCCCUGGGCCAGCCUGUUCCAGUACUGUAGUCAACACUAACUGCUUUACUAUCAAAGCACCUGCGAUGCCUUAUCUGAAACACUCCUGACUCUGCACAGCCCCACUCUGAGGGAGGGCUGGGCUGUGUGGACCUGCUCUCCUCUUUUAGGGGCUGUGUGCUCUCCACAAAUGGUUUUGACAGCCCUUCCUCCUUGUCCUCAGAGGUCCUAAGGGUAGCAGGAGGUUUCUUGGAGUAAGCAGGUUCAGAAGGUCAGGGACUUUAGAAAAGCCAAAAGCACAAACCCUCGCUGUACCUGAGCUGUGGGGGGAGUGAUGGCAGUGUCAGUGGCCAUGGGCACAGGGGGGCUCGUGGGGACACUUCCUGAGAAGCCCUGGUGAGCUCUGGGGAAGAUCCUGGUGUGGGAUGGGGUGUCCUUCUCCCCACAGAGCCCUGUGGGACACAGCCCAGCCUUGCUCACUGCCGGGCCCUGGCACACAGGACAGCAGCACUGCUCACUCUGCAGCAGGGGGACCACACUCCAUGUCCCUGCAGGGUGCCCUCUCCUCCCAGGCUGCAGCUGAGUGACCAUCAAUCACAAAAGUCUGUCUGAUGCUACCUCUGAGCCUGCCCAGGGGCCCUGCCCGUGGGAUCCCUCCCCUGUCUGUGGGGCUGUCCCUGGGAGUGGCUGUCCCUGCCAGGGCCCUAUGGUGGCCCUGUGUGUCCCCUGGGCCUGAGCAGAAUGUGACAAUGAACACAACCCGUGGGGAGCUGCAGCCUCUGCUGCACCUGGCACCUGGGGGAACGAGCUGGGUUUUCUUGCAAUUUUUCUUUUGUGCUUUUCCCCCCACACACCUUGUUUAGCUCAUUCAGCAUUGACUGCCCAAGCUGAGAAACCACAACCACGUCCCUCAGAGCCACAGGUGCCAGCCAGGCUGGAGUUGUGGCCUCCAGACCUUUGGCACCUCAGAGCUGGUCCCCACACGGCCCCAGGCUGGGCAGGCAAUACCUGACAGACCUUUAGGAGCAUUUCCAGUUGCUGCCUCCUUGCUCAGCCACCUCUGCACACCCUUCAGGCAGCUGGGACAGGCCCUGCUUUGCACUCUUUCUUUGCAAAUGCUUUUUUAUUUUGGUUUUUUUUAAGCAUUGAACUGCUUUAAGGGUAGUGUAGCAAAGGUGCCAUUCUGAGCAGUGCUGGCACAAGAUGCACCAAUGAUGAUAGAGUGAUUGUCAUUGUCCCAGAAUAUAUAUAAAUAUAUAUAUAUAUAUAUGUGAGAUGAAGUUGUUUUUAAUGAUUGAAUUCAGAAAUACAAAUUUUAAUGCUGUAUUUAAUAAAUUAUUCUAUGAGAAAUGCUGUGCUUUUUCAUCCAUUUCUGAUGCUGAUCCAUGUGCCUGUUCAUGCCAAAUCAGGAAUGCACCUUGCUGAUUUCUUACAAAAUGAAGUUUUUUUGCUCUCACCAGGAAAGGUGGUGAACUCUGCCAAGGCAGCUUGGGGAAAACAAACACGGUGUGACCUGACCACAGUGCCAGGCUCAAAAUUCCCCAUGGCUGGAGGGAGUUUGGCACCACAGGCUUGGCUCUGGAGAGAGCAGCCACUGCAGCACUGCUGCUUCCCAGGCCCUGUGUCCCAAAGCCAGGAUUUGUCCAAAUGGCCCAGGAGUCCUGGGCAGUGUUCACUGCUGGCAGGGGAGGAGGGGGAGAGCAGCCUCUGCCUUUGGGAGGAUGGAGAUGGCAUAGCCAAGGUCUGGCUGGAAGGGCUGGGAACCACCAGCCCCAGCUCCUAAAGAGCCAUUUGGGAUAAACUUAUGGAAAGUUCUGAAGGAGAGCAACGAGGCUGAUGAGGGGCUUGGAACACAAGCCAUAUGAAGAACGACUGAGGGAGCUGGGGUUGUUCAGCCUGGAGAAAAGGAGACUCAGGGGUGACCUUAUCACUCUCUUCAACUUCCUGAAGGGUGGCUGUGGUGAGCUGGGGGCAACAACAGACAGAACAAGAGGACACAGUCUCAAGCUGCGCCAAGGGAGAUACAGGCUAGAAUUAAGGAGGAAGUAUUUUACAGAAAGAGUGGUCAAAUACAGGAAUCAUCUACCCAGGGAGGUGGUAGAGUCACCAUCCCUUGAAGAGUUUAAAAAAAGCCUGGAUGUGGCACUUGGUGCCAUGAUCUAGUUGAGGUGUUAGAACAUGGGUUGGACUUGAUGAUCUUAAAGGUCUCUUCCAACCUAGAAUUUCUGUGAUUCU